AAUCAGAUCGCACCACGAGCUGACAAACGACCGGUGACACGCAACACGCGGGACGAUCUCGCAUAACCCAAGCUUUGAAAAUUGAAAUAUGAAAAAAAAUAUUUGAAAAUAUACAAACUUUGAUAUAGGAAAAAUUAUUGAAUGAAUGAAAAUAUUAUACGUUAAAAAUGUUUUGUAGUGUUUACAAUUUAUUUAUUACAUUCUUAGUUAGUAACUUGAUGCGAAGCAGUUUAUAUGUUCUUGCUAACUUGGAAAACGGUGAGUUUAGUUCGAAUUGUUGCAUUAGUUUAGGGUAUAUAAAUCCAUAAACAAAUGCGUUAACCCAAUGUAUAUAACACUAUCUUGUCUUGCAAAUAUCCAUCAAUACUAUCAGGGCUAUGAUAAUCAGAUUAUCACAUCUCUCUGAGAGUAUUGAAUGGAUCUUUUAUAAUUAUUAGUGAAUUACAACACUAUAAAGAGGGGUGACCCUAUGGCAGUUAUAUAAACCCCUCCCCCAACCCUUGUUCACACUGAAGGUAGAACUUGUGCACAAAUUAUACAAAAGCGCAGUUGAAACGUGCAAGCAUAGACUGAUUUCUGAUGGGGGUUACCCUUAAAAACCCCUCCUAUAAAACCCCAUCACCCAUUAUCAAUUUUUCUUCUCUCAAAUAUUCAAUGUCAAUUCAUAUUUUUUAACAGAGUUCAAACAUGUGACAUGUGGAAGUGCGGUUAAACUUUUAAAUCCGUACCACCGUGUUAGAUUACACUCUCACGAAGUGAAGUACGGCUCUGGCUCUGGCCAACAGGUGGGUUUUAUCUGCAUUUUUUAAGCCCCCCCUUAAUUUAAGCUGCCCCCUUUUUAGACAAUAUUGUCUAAGCCCUCCAUCUUUUUAAAAUCACCCAAAAUCACAUUGCCACUUAAAGGGUUACUAGAGGAUUUACAAUAUGAUCAUGAAUAUAUCACCAACACAAUAUUUAUAUUUCCAGUCCGUGACUGGUGUAGGGAACCAGGAUGACAUCAACAGUUUGUGGAUUGUGAAAGGAAAAACAGGCAUGCCAUGUAGACGAGGGUAAACGAAAAAUCUCUUGUUAAAAAUGUCUUUCAAGUAUGAGAAAUUGGCAACUUUUUAUCGAACAGUUGACACUAUAUUCAUUCCGACAUCUUUCUUAAUGUAGGAAUGCCGUAAAGUGUGGCAGUACCAUCCGUCUUGUUCACCAGACUACCAAACGUUUUCUACACAGCCAUCUGUUUCAAUCACCAUUAUCAAACAACCAGGAAGUGAGUGCAUUUGGCGAGAAUGGUGUUGGUGAUGAUGGUGAUCAUUGGUCCGUCAUUUGUACCUCAAAAUAUUGGAACAGAGACGAUAAAGUCCGCUUCAAACAUACAUUGACUAAGAAGUAUGUCUUUUAAGGGCUUUUCUGACUCAAACUUUAUUUCUGUCAGCUUUAAUUAAACAGUUCUUCCUGGACGUCCAGUAAGGAUCAUGUCUUAUUGAUCCAGUGUUACUACAGGAGGAAACCUAAACUAAACUCAUUUUAUUUAUACUGGAUAGCUCUAUCAGUUCUAAACUGCUCUCCCUAGAGGUCCAGUAAGUAUCAUCUCUUAUUGAUCCAAUGUUACUGCAGGAGGAAACCUAUAAAUUUAUACUGGAUAGCUCUAUCAGUUCUAAACAGUUCUUCCUAGAGGUCCAGUAAGGAUCAUCUCUUAUUGAUCCAGUGUUACUACAGGAGGAAACCUAAACUAACUUUAUUUAUACUGGAUAGCUCUAUCAGCUCUAAACUGUUCUUCCUAGAGAUCCAGUAAGGAUCAUCUCUUAUUGAUCCAGUGUCACUACAAGAGGAAAACUAAACUAAACUAAGUUUAUUUAUACUGGAUAGCUCUAUCAGUUCUAAAGUGUUCUCCCCAGUAAUCAGGUGUUCUUAAAUUCCCUUUUCAAAGGUAUUUGCAUAUUUCUGGAGAUACAUUUGGUCGUCCAAUCAGUGGGCAGAGUGAAAUCAGUGCUUAUACACACACAGAACCUGGCAACGAGUGGCAAUCUAUGGUGUGUACAUAUUUCAUGUUAUUUUUUCUGUUAAACACAGUACUAACAUUCAGGGCCAUCUUAGAAACGUUUUAUGAUAAUCAUAAACAUGGUAACAUGUUGUAACAUAAUGUUAAAUAUAUAUCUUAAUUCUGUGUUUUUAGGAAGGUGUCUAUAUACAGGCAAACUCAGACAAGUAAAUGAUGGAUAGAAACAUUAAAUUAAUCACAAAUUUCCCAAGAAACAAUCGUAUUGUAGUAUGUACAUUAUGUGAAAAUGUUUUAUAGAAUGACAACAAACCAGCUUUCGUAAUUGCCUAGGCACUCGGGAUUGCCGAAGCAUAUCGAGAAUGUUCUUACCUGGUUGGCAAAAAAAUAUCAAUUUUGCCGAGGCAAAAAUAGGCUAAUUGCAAGGGCUGCAAACGAGCUUGUCAUAGCAUGCAUUCAUUUUGUAACAUCCAAUUUUUAUCUAAAUUCCACAUUAUAUCUAUAGUAUAAUAUUGUUUGAAAGUUAUCUUGGAUUUAAUAAAUUAUUUGUUAUUGCUAGUUAUGCGUUAUAUACAGUUUUGGUUUUGACGUGUGCCAGUAAUCUGAAUGAUUUGUCAGCUUUGUCAUGAUAUGGUAGCGAGUAUAUAUGGUCAUGUACCCAUCAUUGUGUUCAAUUCUCACCUCACGACAAAUGUAACCAUGUACACAUGUAAAAACCCACAAGUUGUUACAGGUCUGCAAACGUGUUGUUACAAAUCUGUUCACAAGCUGUUGACAAGUUGUGUUCGCACUGCUUGUUCCCAGUUGUUGUAAAAAGUUUGGAACAAGCUGUUAACAACUUGUAUCAAGCUUGAUGGUAUUAUCAGACUUGUUACAAGGUUGUUCUAACAUGUCUGAUACAGUCAUGAUAUAAUAAGAAUGUUACAAGGUUGACGACACAAGGUUGGAACAACUUUACAACAAGUCUGAUAAUGAUAUUUGUUGUGUUGGUGUAGUGUACUCAGGUGAAUAAGAUGCUUGUGAUGUUACUCUGAGUGUAUAUCCACACCGGGCAAGCUUGAAAAAUAUGCCCUGCCACGGUGGGAAUCGAACCUACGACCUUUGGAAUACUAGCCCAAUGCUCUGCCAACAGAGCUACGCGGUCAGGUCGGUACGAGAUGCGAUAUUUCGAAACUGAGUCUAGUUUCUUCGAUAUCAGUGUAAUCUAAUAAUCAAGCCUGAUAAUAUCAACAAGGUUGUUACAAGUUGUUAACAGCUUGUUCCAAAUUUGUUGACAACUUGGGAACACAACUUGUUGAUGGCUUGUUGGCAGACUUGCUACAAGGUGUGAGAUUUUUACCUGUGUACAUAUUUGCCAGAAUUAUAUAGAUACCUCUGACUAGAAUUUCGAAGUACUUCAAUAUUCUCUCCUCUUUUUAUUCUUGAAUUUUGCU